CUGAGUCUUGGUCAAACCUUUUUCAAAUGAAUCAAAACAACGUUACUAUAAAACGUUGAUCAAACGAACGGUGUUUGAAGAAAGCAGUACUGCCAGUAGUAUCUUCAUCAAGUCUUGUGUACUGAGUCUGUGAUUGGCAAGAGGUCAAGGCUAGUUGGCAGUCGACUAUCUUCCAUUUGAUUGCUACUUGUACUACUGGAUUUCAUUCCACGUGCAAACAUGACCACCGAAGUCGUUUUAUCCAGAGCUGAGAAAUCGUUGGCUCAGCUGAAAAAGGAGAUGGCUGUUCUUGAAGAAAUGAGAAGAGUGGCUCGAGAAAGUCUAGCUUACCUGAAGCUUGAACGAGCUGCACUCGAGGAGGUGCUAGAGAGCAGAGAUAGCCUAACGGGUGACGCGCAUUUCGGUGAAGAUACUACUGCUGAGGGUGGUGAUAAUGGUGAUGAGCGUUUCGAUCCGCUUCAGUUACUUGAGCUCACAGCCCAAGAUGGCGGUGGCACGGAAGACCUCAACGACUAUUUCAAGCUCCCAGAUUCCUUUCAACAUGUGAAUACAAACAUUCAGGCACCCGAUGAUGACCUGGGACCAGAAAGUGCCAGCAAUAUGGACAAUGCUGAUGUUGCUGGAGCUCUUGACGACUAUACAUUUGAUGAUGUCAGUAGCCUGCUAGAUUUGCUCGGCGACUGUGGAAACGCUUCAAGUGGUUCGGAAGAGUUGCCAUCUCCAACUUGACCAUGAUGUUCAUGGCUGUAAAUACCGGCCACCCAUCCAAGGCCCGUGCUGUGCGCCUGUUUCCAGAAAUCAAGUCCUGAUGCCCAGUCGCCACCAUAGCAGAGGAGCAGCAGAGGAAGCCCUGUCUGGGUUCAAAGUGUGAGAGUUCAAGACCCACACUUCCUCGUUCAGCCAUCGCCAUAGCAGCAGCAGCAGCAGAAGAAUCGUAAACACUUGCACAUUCAUUGUGGGCGCGUGACCUGUGUCCGGUAACAGCUGCAGCGUGAUGCAAGACACUCAUUGCCAGUCCAAGGAACAUGCUCCAAGUAUGUGUGAAAUCAUCGGCUGCUACCAAACCGGCCCCCCGGUGCUAGCCUCACGCUCGCCACCACAGUAUCUCAAUUUGGAUAUUAUGAUUUUCAAAUUAGAAGAAAAAUAUUGGAGUUACGACUUACUACCAGCAAGACCAGAUGAGAUCGCGAGGGUUACAAUAAGUUAUAACAAUGUCGACAAGGACAGCAGAGUUGAAGGCCAACACCCAAAACACAAUAAUCCUAAUAAUUGGCAGAACAAGAGACGCAGACCUCCCAUCGAUCAGUCGCCAUACAUACAACGUAUGAAGAAGGUUUUAUGUAGUGAAUUGAUGAACAACAGCUGUCAACAAAAAUUAUAGUAUGCCGGGUGCAGCACCCGAUAUUCAAUAAGACUGUUUGUCUAUGAUGAUUCUCAUUCGCUUGCUCCUAGGUCUAUGGACUGGUGGUGUACGAGUACACGCCUAUACUGGGAUGUGUUGUUUUAUCAAUUACAAAAUUUAAUAACGUGUGUUCCUAUGCUGCUUCUGCUGCUGCUUCUAACAGCACAUGGCUAUUGUCCAGCAUGAUGCCAUUACUUGUACUAGAAUCACCAUUGUAUACACUGACAAGACAA